UCUUUAGUAUCCCCUCCCCAUACGCCGUAACUACCGGGGCCAGAAUCUGCGAUCUAAUUGUCGCGUAGUCAUUGUUUUACAAGAUGUCUUGCGAGGUGAAUGGUGCGAAGCGGAAAUUCAAGUGAAAAUGCUAAAGAAUCCUCGAAAAUUGAGAAGUGAAGGCGCCAUUCCGCUGCACGACCGACAGCAGCAGCCGACGGCGGCAUCUUUGCCGCAGCCGAUGGCCUCGUUACAGCAGCAGAUGGUGCCCGUGGCGCAGUCGACGGCGGCGCCCUUGCCGCAGCCAAAGGCACCUUUACGCGAAAUAGAAGUAAAGGACGAAAUUAAUGACUGGGAGGAAUAUGAGGUAGAAGGAGAAAGAGCAGGAGAAAGAGGAGAAGGAAGAGGAGGAAGAGGAAGAGGAUUUUUAAACAAAAAUCAAGUCAAUAAUUGGGUGCGACGCGCGAUACAAAAGGAGAAGAAAAAGUGGUAUGCUGAAAGAGGAUAUAUGUAUCCACACACAUAUCAACAUAACUAUCCUCCUCCAGCAUACCAUCCAGCAUACCACAUCUUCCAACCCAGCUGCCGCUGCCGCCGCCGCCGCUGCCGCUGCCACCAGCACCCUCCUCGUAUAUGUCCGGAUACGGUAGUUACAACUACUGUUAUCCGUAUAUGUAGAAAAAAUAUAUAUGUGUGUCUAAAGUAACGGUGGUAGUAACUACCAUAUGUAUACAUAUGUAAAAAAAACGUUUAAAUGUAAAAAUACAUAAAUAUAUUUAUAAAA